AUGGGCCAAACUGUUGAUGAUAAGAGCAGGCCAGUGAGGAUGCGGUCAAGGAUCCCCAGGGUGCCCUGUGCGAGGCGGCCAAUGCUGGCUCGGGACGGUUCACGACACACUGGUGGCAGCGGAGGGCUUUCAUUUGGUGACGAGGAGUCUGUGGCGAGGGUGAAGUCCCGACAGCGGCGGGUGAUGCUGGACUUGGCGAGGGUGCAGCAGUGCAUUGCGAGUGUUGAGCAGCAGUUGGCCCAGCUGAGGGACGUUGAGUGGCCUGCGGUUCUUGUGGAAUGCGACGACACCGCGGAGAGAAGCGCAAGUUUGCAGCGGGACGUGACAAGGUUGGAUGAAGAGAUUGCCGCCGUGGUCGCGGAGGAGACACAGGUGAGGACACUCGCAGAGCAACGUGUUGAGCAGUGUCAGUGGCAGCACUCUGUUGAGGUUCAAGAACUGGCGAACUCGCUCGAGGCAGCGUUUCUUCAGGAACGAGUGGACCAAGAGCAAGAGUUGCAACGACGUGUAGCAGAGUGGGACACGGUGGACCCGCCACGGGAUCUACAACAUCUGAGAGAACUGCAUGAGACUUUGCGGGGGGAGCACAACGAGCUGGCCUCCGCGAAUGUGAGCCAGUGCCGGUUGUUCGAAUCCGAGUCACUUGCACCGCAAUGGACAGCUCUACAAGAGGGCAAGACACAGGAACUCAAUGAACUGAUCAAGGAGAAGCAGCAGAAGAACUUGGCCGAGGCGGCGAUGCUCAGAGACUGUACUGCUGCGGUACAGCAAGAUAUCAGCCGGUACGAAACAUCCUGUGAGGAACUCGCCUUGGAGACUGCACAGUUGCAAGAACGUAUCGCUGCAAUGAACCAGUGCAAGAAGGUCGCAAUGGGGGAAUCGCACCUCCAGGAGACUCGAUUGCAGCGUGCAGAAGACCGUGUUCGUGCUCUAGAGGAACGACUCGCGACAGAAUCACACCCAGAACUGCAACGAGCAAGGGACAAAGUCGACGCCGCGCACCGCACCAACGCACAACUCUCACGGGCGGCGACACCAUCAGGGAACGCAUCACCGCCAACUACAACGACACCCACAGACGACGCACAGCCAUGA